AUGUCGAACCAAAUCCGAACUAUCUCCCCCUCCACCCAUGAGGUCAUCUUUGACCAGCCUGGCGCUUCUCUCGCGGACGCUACUCAGAUCGCCGCCUCUUCCAAGCAAGCAUUCGAAGCUUAUCGCACCACUACAUUGAGCCAGAGAAAGGAGAUUGUGAAGCGCGCUCUCGAUAUCGUCGACACCCGCAUCGAUGAGCUGGCAAAGGAGCUCACUACCCAGAUGGGUCGUCCCAUUCGGUACUGCGCCGGAGAAAUCAAGACCAUGCGUCUUCGUGCAGAGCAUAUGAUGGACAUCGCGGAGGAGAGCCUAUCAGAUCUUCCCGGUCAACCCCAAGAAGGCUUCAACCGCUCUGUCAAGCGAGUUCCUCUGGGACCCGUGCUGAUUGUCGGCGCCUGGAAUUACCCCUACCUGACUACCGUUAACGCAUUGGUUCCUGCUCUGAUUGCUGGCAACAGUGUCCUCCUUCGUCCCUCCCCUCAGACCCCUCUCUUCGGCGACAGACUGCUAGAGAUCUUCACCGAGGCCGGUUUGCCCAAGAAUGUGCUGCAGGUCCUACACAUUGGAAGCUUGGAUGUUCUCGACCAGGUCGCCCAACUUCCCGCCGUUCAAUCUAUCUCCUUCACUGGCUCCACUGCCGGCGGAAUUAGAUUGCGCGAGGCAACCGCGCGCCAGGUCAAGCCUGUCAACCUUGAGCUCGGUGGUAACGAUCCUGCUUACGUGCGCCCUGACGUCGAUGUCAAGAAUGUUGCCGAGAACCUGGUUGAUGGCGCCGUGUUCAACUCCGGACAAAGCUGCUGCUCUGUUGAGCGCGUGUAUGUGCACGAGAAGAUCUACGAUGAAUUCGUUCGCCUCGUGCAGGAGGAGCUGAAGAACUACAAACUCGGUGACCCUCAAGAUGAGACCACCACUACUGGCCCCGUUAUCUCCGCCCCGGCCAAGGUCAAGAUCCAAUCUCACAUCGAUGACGCUCUCAGCAAGGGAGCUGUUAAUUCGACCCCCGAGAAUGCUAGCUUUGAUCUGGCCAACACUGCCCUCAAGGGCAACUACCUUGCUCCCAUUGUCCUGACCAAUGUCAACCACGACAUGAUUACCAUGAAGGAAGAGACCUUUGGACCUGUCAUGCCGAUCAUGAAGGUCUCCAGCGACGAGGAGGCCAUUGCUCUGAUGAACGACACCGAUUACGGUCUGACUGCCAGUGUCUGGACCAAGGAUCUUGCCAAGGGUGAGGAAAUCAUUGACCAGGUUGAGGCUGGCACAGUAUUCCUCAACCGCUGCGACUAUCCCGCUCCGGACCUGGCAUGGACCGGCUGGAAGUCUUCUGGUCUGGGAUGCACCCUUGGACCCCGAGCCUACGAUGGUUUCACCAAGCUGAAGAGCUACCAUAUUAAGAAUGCCUAA